AUGAAUGUGGAACAGCCGACAACCUCAAAGCCAGAGGAACUUUUAUACUUUCACAAUGGCGAGACGUCUUCGUUUGCACAGGCAUUAUCUAAAGCCGGCAAAGGUUCGUUCCUGAUCCGAUCAGCGAGUUGCCCUGGAUCAUAUGCGCUGCUAGUGAACACUGGGAGGGUGAUCCAGAAGUUCCUGAUCGAGGUGACAGCCGAAGGGAAAUAUACGCUGGGCCCGAGGACAUUUGACACGAUUGAGGAUGCCAUUGAUAGAUACUAUGGUCGACCGAUUGCGGACAACGUAUGUUUGGAAAGGGCGGUGAUGUGCGAGAAUCAACCAAGCACUUCGAAACUGGAAGUAUCUUCACGAUAUCUCGGAACGGAUGGGACAUCGGGCUCUUCUUCGGACUUGAACCACAAUGGUCUCACGACGUUGGAUGAUAAGAGCACCGCACUACACACCUUCGCCUCAAUCCAAGCACAGCGAAAAUCACGGGAAGAGAAACAAUGGAAGGCCUGCUUCAUCACUUUACGCGAGGACUUGAACGGGAAUUGCGAGCUGAAUAUUUCGGACAGUGAACAUUCUACACGUCCGAAGCUGUCGUUUGUGUUGGACUCGUGUCAAAUGUACUGCAUACACCGAUCGGUGUUCGGGAGGGAUGGCUGUCUGUAUCUCGGUCAGCACGAUGCCGACUCGUACUCGACUUUCCUUUGCAUACGCCCCGCACACACAUACCUCGCAUGGGUGGCAUUAUUGAGACCGCGGGUGAACUGGCUUCGGUCGACCGUGAUCACAUCAGCCAUCCCACGUGCUCUGGAUACUCCGCGUUUCUCCGAGAUCACCUUCUUCCGUGUUGCUAUCGAGAAAUUUGUCUCCGACAAUAUGCUUCGACCAGACUGUCUAUACUCGGCUUCGGUUAUGGUGGACGGCGUUCGUGUAUUUUGCUCGCGCGCUUUCACGCCAAUAUCUGCCCGUAAUGAUAAUACUAUGUCGAUCAUCUUCGAUGCUAACUAUGUCUCAUAUUGUGCACCGGUGACGCCUUACACACUCCAAAUUGUGUUGUGUCCAGCAACGGGUGGCCAAAGCGGAAGCGCCUUUUCCAAGCGCGCUUCUGCAUCAUCACGCACAUUUUUCCUUCAAGGAGAUGACGAUAUGCAUGAUACACCUGAAAAUGGCUUUUGGGUGACUGUGAGAAGGACAGCUGUCCAUGUACUCCCAGCCUCUCAAUAUGCACCGUUGCUGGCACUCGUCAAACAAAACAACUUUGAAUUAUGUGAAUGGGUUACCUCCGCCACUGAGAUCGCAGUUCGUUUCUUCGCUUUGGAUCUUGUAUGCAAGCAGGACACGCGAGUUGAAGGAGUUAGUAAUAUCUACCCUGAAAAGCCAGCCGAUGUCGACUUGGUCGCGGAUAUGUUCGUGCGUAUUGCUCAGGAGCCGGCGGCAUGGCGGAUACUCUCCCUGGUCGCCCAGGUGUCUCUGAAGUACUCGAGCGAAGACCCUUACGUCACUAUGCGCCUCAUUUCUUCACUGUUCAUAUUGCGAUUCGCCAAUCCGCUUCUGAUUCAGGCUCAACGUGCGCAAACGACCAAUCAAUUGGCUAAAAUGGUCCAAGCCGCCGCGAACUAUGCAUCAUCACCGAAUCUCUCUGAGGAGGACUGCUCCACGGCUGCCACCACAUUCCGCAGAUUCUAUGAACAAACGAUGGCAUCCGGUGUUACGAGUUUGAUUGGUGUGGAAACUGAAUGGUCCAGUGACAGCAUGGCCGUGCUUGCCCACCUCAUCGCCUCGGUCGUGCCAACCAACUCCGACCUAGAGCUGCAAGAAACCAAUGGUGAAACAUGUCCGAUAGCGCUGACUCCACACGUCCUCCGAAUUCUUCGAUACCAUGAGAGCGGUGACGGC